AUGACUUGGCUGGUGCUGCUGGGCGCACUGCUGUGCACGCUGCGUGUCGGAUCGGACGACUCCGAGGUCUUCCCCCUGGCACCCCAUAACUGCCCCAACAAAUGUGUUUGCGCCGCCGACCUGCUGAGCUGCUCGGGCCUCGAGUUGCCGGACGUGCCGGCUGCGUUACCUGCGGCUACUGCUGAACUCGACCUGAGCCACAACGUGCUCCAGCGCCUGCGUCCCGGCUGGCUAACGCCCCUCUCCCAGCUGCGGGUCCUGCGUCUAGGUCACAACAAGCUGGAGGCACUGGGGCGCGGAGUCUUCACCAACGCCAGCGGCCUGUGUCUGCUCGAUUUGUCAUCGAACGCGCUGCGCGCGCUUGGCCGCCACGACCUGGCCGGGCUGGGGGCGCUCGAGAUACUGCUGCUGUUCAACAACCGCCUCGCCCACCUGGACCGGCUCGCCUUCCAGGGCCUGGGCGCGCUCCGCCAGCUCUACCUGGGCUGCAACGAGCUCGCGUCCUUCUCUUUCGACCACCUGCACGGUCUGGGCGCAACCCCCCUCCUUACUCUGGAUCUGUCCUCCAACCGCCUGGGUCACAUCCCCGUACCUGACCUGGCUGCACUGCCGGCCUUUCUCAAGAACGGCCUUUACUUGCACAACAACCCGUUGCCUUGCGACUGCCGCCUCUACCACCUGCUGCAGCACUGGCACCAGAGGGGACUAAACGCUGUGAGCGAUUUUGCGCGGGAGUACAUGUGCCAGGCUUUCAAGGUACCCACCUCCCGCGUGCGCAUCUUUGAGCACAGCCGCCUGUUCGAGAACUGCUCGGCUGCCCUGGCUCAGGGCCUGGAGCAGCGGCCUGAAGAGCAGCUGCAGGUGCAGGUGGGUCAGUCCCUGAGGCUACACUGCAACACCAGUGCCCCCGCCCUGCGCACUGUCUGGGUGUCCCCGCAGCAGGAGCUGCUGGUGGCGCCAGGAUCCCGCAACGGCAGCAUUUUAGUGCUGCCUGAUGGCAGCUUGGCCAUUGGUGAGGUGAAGCCAUGGCAUCGGGGCAUCUUUGUGUGCCUGGCCACUGGGCCCCGCCUGCAUCACAACCAAACGCACGAGUACAACGUGAGCGUGCACUUCCCGCACCCCGAGCCCGAGGCUUUCAACACCGGCUACACCACACUGCUGGGCUGCGCUGUGGGCCUGGUGCUGGUGCUGCUCUACCUGUUCGCGCCACCUUGCCCUGGCUGUCGCCGCUGCCACCACUGCACCUGCUGCUGCCGGCACCGAGCGGCCAGCCCACUCCAGGAGCUGAGUGCUCAGUCCUCGGUGCUCAGCACCACGCCGCCUGACGCCCCCAGCCGCAAGGCCAGUGUCCACAAGCAUGUGGUCUUUUUGGAGCCGGGCAGAAGGGGCCUCAAUGGUCGUGUGCAGCUGGCAGUGGCUGAGGACUUUGACCUCUACAACCCCAUGGGCCUGCGGUUCAAGGCUGGCUCCGAGUCUACUAGCUCCACAGCCUCUGAGGGGCUGAUGGUGACGACCUAA